AUGGCAUCAGCAGACCAACUUAUCGGAGUCCUGGAGGGCCUCGACGCGAACUCCUUCGUUAACGAAGCAGAGCGCGUCCGUGCCAUGGACGCGCUGACCUUGGCCUUAAGCAAAGUACAUAAGCCGUGGGACAUUGUUUGGCAGCACUGUUGGGUCAACCCGGCCACCAAUGCAUGCGUCAAGACAUUGAUUGACGCGGGUGUCUUCAGCAAAUGGAUCGAGAUCGGAGGCGGAGAGAAGACUUGCGCGGAACUGGCCGAGUUAACGGAUGUUGAUGUAGUGCUUGUUCGACGCAUGAUUCGACAAAUUUCUGGGCAGAAUCUUGCCAUCGAGACCGCCGAGGACACCUAUAAGCCUACACCGUGGGUACGCGCUCUCGCUGAGGAUCAGGCCCUCGCCAACGUCUAUGGUGAAUUUUAUGGCUUCGUCAAUUCCCCCAUGUUCAGGACUUUGCCAGCCUACCUCAAGAAGACGGAAUACAAGGUCCCUACUAACCCCAACGACUGCAACUGGCAGUUCAUGAGAGGCUCAAAUGAAAAUCUGUUCCAGUCCCUUAGCGCGAACCCUGCCGCCGCAAGGGAAUUCAAUGAUGCCAUGGAGAGUCACUCCAAGCAUAACUUGACGCCCUGGGUUGAUGUUUACCCAACUGAGACUCUUGUGAAAGAGUCCAAGCCUGACCGGCCUCUUGUCGUCGAUGUCGGUGGUAGCAAGGGCCACGACCUGACCAAAUUCCAUCUGCGCCCCCCCUGA